GCUCAAUAUCGAUCGUCGAUCGAUCAAUCAUCGUUUUUUUGCAGAAUAUGGUGCAUUGUAAAAAAGUAAUUUUAAGAUCUUGUAUAUGUCAUUCAUUUGAAGCGUGAGCAACAAUAUUUUUGGUCAAUCAUAUAUGUCGAAGUUUGAGCCUCGAAAAGUGUUUUUGCGAAUAUGUCUGGAAGGGGAAACUUGCUUAGUUUAUUUAAAAAAAAAUCUCAAAAUUCCGAAAAUUCUUCAUCUAGUGAUGGACAUGAAGUUGAUAGUGGAUUGGAUGUACAUCAAUCUAAUUCCAGCAAAACCAGUGGUGAUAGUAGUCUUUUGACUGCUCUGGAAAAUAUAAAUGUUUCAGUUGGUCGAGGACGCGCACAACUUAUUCACUCGUUGCAAAAAAAAAUCAAUCCAACAGAGCUAAACGAAAAUAAAAAUCUUGAAAAUGGCUGUAAUGUAUCACAACCUUUUAAAACAAACAUCCCUGCAUCAAGAAAUGACUUGUUUUAUCCCAAUAAAAUUCAUGGAACUAAAGGUUUUUCUGUGAACAUGGCCUGUAAUUAUUUAAAAUUAUCUACAGACGAUACAAAAGGUGUUUUUCAAUAUGAAGUACACUUCUUUCCAAAUAUUGACACCCUUCAUUUGAGAAUGAAAUACUUAAACGAACAUAACGAUAAAUUGGGCGGCACAAAAACCUUUGAUGGUCAUACUUUAUAUCUACCGAUAUUAUUACAAAAUGAAAUGACGGUUUUUUUUUCGAAAACGAAAGAUUUUGAUGUGGAGAUAAGAAUAUUGUUCAAAAAAAAAGAAAAUGUUAAGGAUUGUGUGCACUUGUAUAAUAUAUUGUUUGACCGAAUUAUGAAAACAUUAAAAUAUGUGCGAUUUGACCGGAAGCACUUUGACCCAUCACGGCCAAAAAUAAUUCCAUUAGCUAAACUAGAGGUUUGGCCAGGAUAUGUUACUGCAGUUGAUCAGUACGAAGGUGGUCUAAUGUUAUGCUGCGACGUCUCCCAUCGAGUACUAUGCCAACAAACUGUUUUGGAUAUGCUAAUUGACAUAUACCAACAAAACGUAAGCCAGUACCAAGAUUGUGUCAAAAAGACCUUGGUUGGAAAUAUUGUCCUGACAAGAUACAACAAUCGUACUUACAAAAUAAAUGAUAUUUGCUUUGAUCAAAAUCCAAAGUCCCAUUUUGAAUCCAAGUGUGGAUCGAUAAGUUAUUUGGAAUACUAUAAACAAUACCAUAAUAUUUCCAUUAAAGACGUUAAUCAGCCUUUACUUCUUAGCAUCAAAAAAUCAAGAGAAAACCCCGAGGAAAUAAUCCAAUUUUGCCUUAUUCCUGAAUUAUGUUUUCUUACUGGACUUCGAGAAGAUGUUCGCUCUGAUAAUAAACUUAUGCGCGAAAUUGCUACCUUUACAAGAGUGUCUCCAAAUCAUCGUCAGUUGGCUUUGCAGAAAUUUUUCGAAAACGUAACAAAAACGCCUGAAGCACGAGAUAUACUUAAAAGUUGGGGACUUUCCCUUAAUACAACAUACGAUUCUCUAAAAGGGCGACAAAUGCCCUUAGAACAAAUUUAUUUUGCUAAAACGGAAUUUUCAGCAGGAAAAAAUGCUGAAUUUUCCAAGCAUGCGGUAAAUAACGAAAUGUUUAAAAUUAUUCACUUAAAGAAGUGGAUAUUAAUUUAUCUAAGAAAUGAUUCGAGAGCCGCAAAUAACUUACUUGAUAAUAUAAAACUGUGUUCUAAAACACUUGGAAUGAAUGUAUCAAAACCCACUAUGGUCUCAAUAGAUCACGAUCGCAUUGAUUCGUAUGUACAAUCCUUACGUCGUAACAUUACAACAGAAGAUCAAAUUGUAGUUUGCAUUUGUCAUAGCAUUAGAGAUGAUCGUUAUUCAGCAAUAAAAAAAAUCUGCUGUUCAGAAAUUCCUAUACCAUCACAGAUUAUUAAUGCAAAAACGCUUUUAAACGAAUCCAAAAAUCAGUCUAUUGUACAAAAAAUUCUUCUGCAAAUGAAUUGUAAAAUGGGAGGCUCUUUGUGGACGAUCAAAAUACCAUUUAAAAAAGUAAUGAUUUGCGGCAUUGACACUUAUCACGACCCUUCCAAUAAAGGAAAAUCCGUUUCAGCUUUUGUUGCGUCCUUGGAUUCUUCCUACACGCAAUGGUACAGUAAAGCUGUUAUCCAAACUAAAGGAGAAGAAAUUUCUAAUGGAUUAGCUGCAUCUUUUGAGAUUGCUCUAAAAGCUUACCAACAACACAAUGGCUACCUUCCUGACAGUGCAAUUAUAUACAGAGAUGGAAUUGGUGAUGGUCAACUAAAUAUUUGCUCAGAAUAUGAAGUUCCGCAAUUUGAAGUAGCUGGUGGACAUAAUAUUCAGAUUUCUUUCAUUGUAGUGCAAAAAAGAAUUAAUACCCGGAUUUUUUUUGAAAAUAAUAAUUCUUUUGAAAACCCAUGCCCAGGAACGGUUGUUGAUAUGCACAUAACAAGAGCACAUAUGUAUGAUUUUUUUCUGGUUUCUCAAAUGGUUCGACAAGGCACAGUCACCCCCACUCACUUUAUAGUUUUAAGGGAUGAUGCAAAUUAUGGACCGGAUAUCAUUCAAAAAUUAAGCUAUAAGCUUUGUUUUUUGUAUUAUAAUUGGCCUGGAACGGUUCGAAUUCCAGCUUGUUGCAUGUAUUCCCAUAAAAUGGCCUAUUUAAUUGGACAAAGUAUUCAGCGAGAUGUUGCCGAUACUCUUUUGGAUAAACUAUUUUACCUUUAAAAUAUAAAUACAGAAUAAAUUUGGUUAUUGUUUAUUAAA